AUGCCGUACUUUACUGCAAGAGCUGAUUGCGGGCACUCAGUCCCUUUGAAUUGCGAGGGCCGCCUCUCAGCACAAUGUUCUUUUCAGCAGCCCGAAUCCUCGCUCUCCGGUGGUCUUGGCCGAAGCGCCCCUGUCACGGAUGAGUCGCUGUUUGCUGCUACUUUUGACUUUUGGUCCUGGGCUGCUGCCCUUCCUCGGCUGCUUUUGGCCUCGCGAACCGCCUUUGCUCGGUUCCUCGCCGGGACCCUUCACCUCCAAAGGGAUGACAAUCCCCCGCCUACCGCUCUGUUUCCCUUGCCUAUCCCUCGCCCGGGGUGCUUUGGCAAGGAUGUGCGUGGGGGGGCCCGCCAGCAGGUUUUGCUUGACAGGGUCCUCCAUGUGACGGUCGCUGCACUUAACUUCUUGCAUGCAAACUGCCGUCCCAUUCCCCUCCACUGCCUGCAGAAGCCUCCCUCCUCGAGUCAGAUUUCUAUCUUCGACCGCCUGGAGCUUCUCGUCAGAGCGUGUUCUCGUUCUACAGGCCGCACCGGCUGUGUGCCUCUCUCCGCCGGCCGGCGUGGCGCCCACCUUCUUGCUCGACUUUCCGAGCUCUCUGCCCAUGUGUCUGAGAUAGGCCUGGAUGGCUCAGUGUACCCAGGCUCUGCUCCCUUGGGCCACGUCAACCACCACGAUCACGGGCUGCCCGCCCUCAAGCCCUACCGCGACUCGGAUGCCAGUCGAAUCCUUAUAAAAGGCACAGGGUCCUGGGAGCUUGGGCGCCACCUGCAAUGCGAGCCUGAGCUCUACUUGCCCUUCAGGGAGCCCCUCGUACUUAGAGGAAUCCCGGAGAAUGACCUACCCUUCCCCGGAUCCUCCUGUGACUCAAAGGCGUCUGUUCUUCCCCUGAUAAGGCUUUGGGACUCAAAGGGGCUCCUUCGGAUUGUGCCUGGGCCGCUGCCGCCCCGUGCCCUCUGCCGCACCUUUGGUGCCUUCAAGAAUGAAAACCACGACCGUCUCAUUGGAGACAGGUAUACAGGGGUUUUGGUUGGCGCGAGCACCGACCGUGCCGACUUCUACCACCAGGCUGCCGUGUCUCAGGCCCGGGCGUCUACGAAUUGUAUCGCCCCUGCGCUUUCAUUGGAUGAUUUCGCUGGCCUCUCGGCCCUUGCUGCCCUGCUUCCCCCCUGCCGCCCCAAACAAAGAUCCACCCUUUGUGGGCCAGCCGGUCCCCCUUGCUACUACGCAGCCUUUGGAACCUUGUUCCAGGGGGACCACGGUGGGGUCGAGUACGCCACCUCUGGGCAUGAGCAUCUGUUGAGGUCCCACGGCCUUCUUCGCGAUCACGAUCGCUUGUGGGGCCAAUGUGCUGUGCCACACACGACUUGCUUCUCAGUUUCUGUUGAGGCUGCAAGCCAGUACGCCUGCUGUGGGAAAGAUGAGCUACACGAGCGGCUUUUGCAGGCAGAGUCCACCCAGAGAGUGCUUCGAGCCCAGGCCGCCUAUGCAUCUGAGUCUGUUGCGGGGUCCCCGGCCAAAGAUCUCCUCGGGGCCCUCACUUACCAGCUGGCGGGCGCUUUCGUUGACUCCUCAACCGACUCUGUUUCUGAAGGCCAAGUGCUCGUUUCAGCACCUCCCGAAAAGAGGCUCGCCUUAAGCUUCCUCUCGCUCAAGACUGCCUCUCUGCCCGGCAUUUCGCGUGAGCUUGCCGCCGCCCUCUCGGGCUCUUGGACCUCUGUCUUGCUCUUCAGGAAGCCUCUCGCUGCUUGCCUCGGCGGUUUCUUUGGACUUGGGCUCGGCCAUCAGGCUGGGCAAGCUGGCUCAGACGUCGUCGCUCUUCCGCGUGGCCUUGCCCAGGAGAUUGUUUUGCUAUCGGCUCUUGCCCCGAUUGCUGCCACAAACGUUGCCGUCCCCUUCUCCCGCCAGGCCUUCUGUACCGACGCGUCGCUGCAUAAGGGAGCUGUAGUUUCGGCUAAAGUUGGCUCCUCUGUGUCAGAAGCUCUCUGGGCCACUGCACCUCGAAAAGGGCACUACACAAUGCUUUCUCAUGACCCUGUCGAUCAGGGUGCAGGCUGCAAGCCUCAUGACGAGGAACCUGCCCCUGAUUCCGUCCCGGGCUUACUUUCUGUGCCCUCGAAAGCGCGCCCCCUUGGCCUUGACUUUGACUUCCUGGAGUUUGGCUGCGCCUCUUCUGCCACUGGUUCCGCGAGAGCUCUUGGUCUUAGGGCCGGCCCCCCUUUCUGCGGAGCCUCCUCCUCCGAGCUUCGGGCUGAUGACCCUCACGUCCUUGACCUCGUCAUCUACCUCAUUUCCCGCGGCCGCCUUCGAUCCCUUUUGUGCUGGGUACCGGCUUGGUCUUUCCCUUGGCUGUCUUCGCGUGACUUGGCUUUCCGGCCACGGGCCUCGCACACUGUUGGUGAGAAUGAGCGCGUUGCUCUGCGCUCCCUGGUCCUUCUCCGGACUUGCGCUGCCUACGGCGUCCCCUGCCUCGUCGCCUCCCCGCCUAAGUCUGGGAUCCUGCGCCACCCGUCCUACCAAAGAUGCCUUGAUCUCCCUACCUCCCGGUCUGGUCUGAUUUGCGGCGCUGCCUUUGGUUCCUCCUUGUCGGGAGACCUCAGGUGGAUUUCGGUGUGGGCUCCUGCAGGGGCUCUUGACUGCAGGCCCCUCUCUAACUGCCUCAGGCGCGGCCCCAGCAUGCCUGCCUUCCCGGACCUCUGUCCCUCGCUCGCACGCGCCAUCGUGUCCUGUCUUUGGGCUGGUGCCAGCCUUACGGACCCCCCCGAGCCGGCGCAUGAAGGGCUUGAGAGUGCUCUUGUUAACGACGUGCUCCAGACUUCCAAAUGGAAGUGCCGUCGCUCCUGGCGCUGGCGUGAACGCAAGCACAUAAACGUUCUUGAAUCUGAGUCAGCCGUCCAGCUCUACAAAGAUCUCGCGGCCCUCGGGGGUGACGUCAGAUUCUGCUUGUUCACGGAUUCUUCAGUCGUUCUAGGAUCGCACAGGAAAGGGAGAUCCACCGCCCGUCUCCUUGCUCCGUCGCUUCGUCGCGCUGCCGCCGUGCUCUGCGCAGGAGGGCUCUAUCCCUCUCUGCACUUUGCCCCGACUAGGGCGAACCCUGCGGACGACCCGACUCGCGACAAAGAGUGCAGGGAGCCUUUCGGGGUUCCUCUCCUGACUCUGGUUGAGCCCCGUGAGCUCGCAAAGGCCUGCAGGCUGACUAAACCCCUGGCUGGCUGGGUUCGGCUUUUUCUGCUCGUUGGCGCCCCCUCGGCCUCUUCUUGCAAACGCCGGCUCAGGUCACUUUUGGCUUUUCCUGAGGCCUCCCGCUUCGGGUGCCGUCUCCUUCGCCAGCAGUCCAUGCGUCUCCGGGACUUCGAUGCCACUUUGGGUUUCCCGGGCGAAGGACCUUCCUCCCCGGUCGCCCUCCUCUUUGGCCUUCUUCUCUUCUUAACCCUUGGUCCUGCUGUUGGGGUGCUUGCCCCCAGACAUGCCGCCGACCUCCUUCGGCAACGUGGUCGCUCACCUGGACUUCUGCCCUCCGGCCGGCCUGUGCAGCCUAGGACUAAAGCAAAUAGGACCCCCCUGACCGCAGCCUUUUCGCAAUGGCUCCUCCUUGUCUUUGGUUUCUCCCUGGACGAAGCUCUGAGCAAAAAGCCUUUUGACCAUGACAUAUUUUGCGACUAUGUCAUUGCCUUUGGCAACGAUCUCUACGCUUCUGGGAGACCCUACUGGCAUUAUUCUGAGACAAUCAACGCCCUGACUUCGCUCAGGCCGUCCUUGCGAAAGCAGCUCCAAGGAGCCUGGGACCUGGCACAUACGUGGCUGGCUGAUGAACCUUAUUUUCAUCACACAGCCAUGCCGGCCCCUGUUCUGGUUGCAGUCCUUAGUACCUGCCUCCUUUGGGGGUGGGUCAAGGAAGCGGGCAUCUUUGCGCUGUGUUUCGGGGCUCUUCUCAGAGCAGGCGAAGCAGUUAAAGCCCUUCGUCGUGACCUGGUGUUUCCUGCUGAUGCUCUUUGGGGUCAAUCCUAUAUUUUGAUCCGGAUCCACGAGCCCAAGACCCGUGGCCGAGCUGCUCGACACCAAAGCGCCAAACUCGAGCCUGCUGACCUUGUUCAGCUCUGCAGCCUUGCCUUCGAACACCUACCGAAAACUUCUAAGAUCUGGCCCAUGUCGGCCCAGACUCUUCGCAAACGCUUCUACGAGGUUUUGGCAAGGCUUGGGAUGCCAAGGUCUGGUGGGCGGGAACGCCCCCUAGACCUUGGGUCCCUUCGGCCGGGUGGGGCCACCUAUUUGCUUCAGCUCACCGAGGACUCCGAGCUCGUCAGGAGAAGGGGCCGAUGGAUCAGCCAUAAAAUAAUGGAAAUAUAUCUUCAGGAAGUCAGUGCUUCGACUUUUGUUGCCGACCUGGACUCUGCGUGCCGGGACAAGGUCCUUACGGCUUCAGCUGCGUUCACUGGCCUCCUGUCGCAGGUCGCAAAAUGGGCUAAAGCAGGCGUCCCUCCGAGCGUGUGGUUUUCCCUCUGGCCUCACCUUUGA